UUCAUCUCUCUGACAAACAACUACCGAUAGUAAUUUAUUGAACUUAUUGAUAUUUAUUAUUACUGUAACUACUAACUAUUUAAAAAUGAUGAAAAUGACCUGGAUAUCUCUUCUCUGCUAUCUCUGUGUUAUUAAUGAGAUUCUGUCACAAGUCACAGUCCUUGAUACGUCUACAUCGGUGGGAGCCAUUGACUUUCAAGAAGAAGAAUUAUAUUCAGUUGGUCCAGAUAGUUCAGGAGUUGUAUCAACUACAACAACAGAAACAUCUACUGCUGAGGAAGGUUCUGGGUCAGAACCUGGAACAAGUACAACAGAUGAAAUAUCUACAGUUAGAACCCCAAGUGUACCACCUGAUCUUUACACUACUGAGACAACAACAGCUGAGGAAAGUUCUGGUACCGAAGCUGUAUUAACUACAACAGAAAUAAUAUCUACAGCUGAAGAAAGUUCAGGUGCAGAAACGUUAUCGAGUACAACUGAAUUAUCAUCCACUGCUGAAGAAAGUUCUGGUACAGAAACUGUGUCAAGUACAACAGAAGGAAUAUCAACAGCUCAAGAAUAUUCAAGUGCGGAAACUGCAUCAAGUACAACAGAAGUAAUAUCUACAACUGAGGAAAGCGCUGGCACAGAAACUGUAUCAAGUACAACAGAAUUAAUAUCUACAGCUGAGGAGAGUUCUGGUACAGAAACUGUGUCAAGUACAACAGAAGGAAUAUCAACACCUCAAUACUAUUCAAGUGCAGAAACUGCAUCGAGUACAACAGAAGUCAUAUCUACUCUUGAGGAAAGUGCUAGUACUGAAACUGUGUCAAGCACAAUAGAAGUAACAUCUAUAACUGAGGAAAGUUCUGGCACAGAAACUGUAUCAAGUACAACAGAAUUCAUAUCUACAGCUGAGGAGAACUCUGGUACAGAAACUGUGUCAAGUACAACAGAAAUAACAUCUGCAGCUGAGGAAAGUUCUGGUACGGAAACUGUAUCAAGUACAACAGAAGGAAUAUCAACAGCUCAAGAAUAUUCAAGUGCGGAAACUGCAUCAAGUAGAACAGAAGUAAUAUCUACAACUGAGGAAAGUUCUGGCACAGAAACUGUAUCAAGUACAACAGAAUUAAUAUCUACAGCUGAAGAGAGUUCUGGUACAGAAACUGUGUCAAGUACAACAGAAGGAAUAUCAACUCCUCAAGACUAUUCAAGUGCAGAAACUGCAUUGAGUACAACCGAAGUAAUAUCUACUCUUGAGGAAAGUGCUAGUACUGAAACUGUAUCAAGUACAACAGAAUUAAUAUCUACAGCUGAGGAGAGCUCUGGUACAGAAACCGUGUCAAGCACAACAGAAAUAACAUCUACAGCUGAGGAGAGUUCUGGUACAGAAACUGUGUCAAGUACAACAGAAAUAACAUCUACAGCUGAACAAAGCGCUGGCACAGAAACUGUAUCAAGUACAACAGAAUUAAUAUCUACAGCUGAGGAGAGUUCUGGUACAGAAACUGUGUCAAGUACAACAGAAGGAAUAUCAACAGCUCAAGAAUAUUCAAGUGCAGAAACUGCAUUGAGUACAACAGAAGUAAUAUCUACUCUUGAGGAAAGUACUAGUACUGAAACUGUAUCAAGUACAACAGAAUUACUAUCUACAGCUGAGGAGAGUUCUGGUACAGAAACCGUGUCAAGUACAACAGAAGGAAUAUCAACACCUCAAGAAUAUUCAAGUGCAGAAACUGCAUUGAGUACAACAAAAGUAAUAUCUACUCUUGAGGAAAGUGCUAGUACUGAAACUGUGUCAAGUACAACAGAAUUAAUAUCUACAGCUGAGGAGAGCUCUGGUACAGAAACGGUAUCAAGUACAACAGAAUUCAUAUCUACAGCUAAGGAGAGCUCUGGUACAGAAACUGUGUCAAGUACAACAGAAAUUACAUCUACAGCUGAGGAGAGUUCUGGUACAGAAACGGUGUCAAGUACAACAGAAAUAACAUCUACAGUUGAGGAGAGUUCUGGUACAGAAACUGUGUCAAGUACAACAGAAAUAACAUCUACAGUUGAGGAGAGUUCUGGUACAGAAACUGUGUCAAGUACAACAGAAUUAAUAUCUACAGCUGAGGAGAGUUCUGGUACAGAAACUGUGUCAAGUACAACAGAAAUAACAUCUACAGUUGAGGAGAGUUCUGGUACAGAAACUGUGUCAAGUACAACAGAAAUAACAUCUACAGUUGAGGAGAGUUCUGGUACAGAAACUGUGUCAAGUACAACAGAAUUAAUAUCUACAGCUGAGGAGAGUUCUGGUACAGAAACUGUGUCAAGUACAACAGAAAUAACAUCUACAGUUGAGGAAAGUUCUAGUACAGAAACUGCAUCAAGUACAACAGAAGGAAUAUCAACACCUCAAGAAUAUUCAAGUGAAGAAACUGCAUCAAGUACAACAGAAGUGAGAUCUACUCUUGAGGAAAGUGUUGGUACAGAAACUAUGUCAAGCACAACAGAAUCAAUAUCAACAUCUGAGACAAUUUCUGGUACAGAAACAGUCUCAAGUACAACAGAAGUAACAUCUACAGUUGAGGAAAGUUCUAGUACAGAAACUGUAUCAAGUACAAGAGAAGGAAUAUCAACAGCUCAAGAAUAUUCAAGUGCAGAAACUGCAUCAAGUACAACUGAAGUAAUAUCUACUCUUGAGGAAAGUGCUGGCACAAAUACUGUGUCAAGUACAACAGAAGUAACAUCUACAACUGAGGAAAAUUCUGGCACAGAAAGCAUGGCAAGUACAACACAGUGA